CUGAAGGUGCCUGAGGAGACACCGGCGGCAGAGAGGGAGAAGGAAGACGGAGAGGAAAGGCAGAUACACACAAGCAAAAAGUCAAGAAGCCAUGGAAAGGAAUUCGCAUCCAAGGCUGGACGCCUGCCUGCUUUAUUUCACAGCACUCUGGGUGUGUACGGAGCUGAGGGCUACUGCACAAGAUGAGUCUCAGGCUGUCUGUUGUGCUGUGAUGCCUUUAGGAAUGGAUCCAAAAUUAUGUGACAAGUGCAGUGUGGGGAAAUGCUGUGCGGACAGCCGGUGCCGUGAAUGCCGCCCGCUCCCUAAAUGCCAAGAAGGGGAGGAACUCUAUUGUUCAGGCACUAUCGACUUCAGGUAUUCCUGCAGAAAGUGCCCAAAUGGCACCUUCUCCGAUACCAAGAGUGGCUUUUGCGUCCCUUGGGAAGACUGCAAGAAGCAGGACUCCAAAUUCUUCAAGCAGUCACAUCCAAGGGAUUAUAUGAGCACGUUGAUCAUCGAGCGUAAUCUGGAGUUUUUCUCUUCUCAGAUUGCUGCCAUCAUCCCAACAACUGGUUUUAUGUCAUCGCUGUAUAUUGUUUCCUUAGAUUCCACAGUCACAUCCAUCUUCACUGUUCUGGCAGCAGCGGGCGUCUUGAUUCUUCUUCUGAUGACUAUCCUCUUAAUUGUUUGCGCAUGUGCGCAGAAGAAGGCGACGUUCCUUUGGUGGAAGAACCUGAAUCUCCUGAGUUGCAAAUCCCUUGGGUCCCACCUUCUCAGGAAGAUCCUACCGCUCCAGUUCCCAGAAGAGGAAAACGGUGGCAAAAAUGGCGAACCGUAG